UGGACGGAGCUGCGGGACGCGCUGCCCGGCGUGGACGCCAGCCUGUGGCCGUCGCUGUUCGAGCACAAGCUGCUGCCCUACUCACUGCUGGCCUUCGCGGCCAUCAUGUACGUGCCCGCGCUGGGCUGGGAGUUCCUGGCCUCCACCCGCCUCACCUCCGAGCUCAACUUCUUGCUGCAGGAGAUCGACAACUGCUACCACCGCGCGGCGGAGGGCCGCGCGCCCAAGAUCGAGAAGCAGAUCCAAUCCAAGGGGCCGGGCAUCACGGAGCGCGAGAAGCGCGAGAUCAUCGAGAACGCGGAGAAGGACAAGAGCCCCGAGCAGAACCUGUUCGAGAAGUACCUGGAGCGGCGCGGGCGCAGCAACUUCCUGGCCAAGCUCUACCUGGCGCGCCACCUGCUCAUCCUGCUGCUCAGCGUGGCGCCCAUCUCCUACCUGUGCACCUACUACGCCACCCAGAAGCAGAACGAGUUCACCUGCGCGCUGGGCGCGUCGCGCAUCGUGGCGGGCGUGGACAUCGUGCUCCUCUGCGCCAUGAACCUCAUCAUCCUCGUCAACCUCAUCCACCUCUUCAUCUUCCGCAAGAGCAACUUCAUCUUCGACAAGCUGCACAAGGUGGGCAUCAAGACGCGCCGCCAGUGGCACGGCUCGCAGUUCUGCGACAUCAACAUCCUCGCCAUGUUCUGCAACGAGAACCGCGACCACAUCAAGUCGCUCAACCGCCUGGACUUCAUCACCAACGAGAGCGACCUCAUGUACGACAACGUGGUGCGGCAGCUGCUGGCCGCGCUGGCGCACUUCCUGUCCCAGGCGGAGGAGUGCGGGCUGGGCCUGGCCGCAGCCCCCGCCAAAGACGCUCCGCUGGCCGAGGAGGACAUCCUGUACCCAGCAGAGCCGGCCCGGGCUGUGCUCCCCUCAGGCGGCACCUUCCAUGUCUGCUCGCCCCCAGCCGCCCCCGCCACGGCCCCUCUGUCACCCGCCGGCCCGGGCAAGCCCGCCCCCCUCCCCAUCCUGAGCCGCAACGCCACCCACCCGCUGCUGCACAUCAGCACACUGUAUGAGGCCCGGGAGGAGGAGGACGGGGGGCCCCGGGCACCCCCAGACAUGGGGAGCCUCAUCGCCAUCCCCCCACCCCAGCAGAUCCUCAUUGCCACCUUCGAUGAGCCAAGGACCGUAGUGAGUACCGUGGAGUUCUGAGGGCGCAUGGCUGCCAGGGCCCCCCCGGGGGACCCCUCCGCAUGACCAGGGUAUACCGCCGCCCCCAGCACUGCCCACCCCAGCCUCCCACCCGCAUGCCUCGGGCUCGGCACCUGUCCCUCCCCCUCUGUGGCAUUGUUGGGGUGCUGACUGGGCCAGGGGCUGGCCGUGAGCCCCCUCCCUGCACCAGGCGCUCGCCAUGAGUUUAUUUUCUUAGUUUGUCUUGGGCCCAGGAUGCUGGCCAUGAGGGGUGCUCUGUGGGGGACAUGUGGGUCCGAGGUGUAGAAGGAAGCUGGGGGCAGGGGCACCACAGGCCUGGGAUGCACAGCCGCUGAGCCACGCUGUGCUCCUGGCUUGCCCGGGCAAGGCCGGAAGCCCUCGGGUCAAAGGUCAACAUGCACUUUCUCCUUGUACCCCGACUACCUGUACUUCACUAUGGUUACUGUAACCCACAAGUAUCUCUCUUGUCAGGAGACUUAGGGUGCAUUUAAAACAAAGGAUGUGUGUGUGGGCGUGUGGGUGUGUGUGGCCAGAGGGGGAGGGCGCCCGUGUGCAAGUAGACACGUGGGUGAGCGUGCAAAGCAUGCGUGAGUGGGCACCAGCGUGUAAGCAAGUGUGUGUGAGCAGGCCCAGGUGAGCGUGCACGUGUGAGACCAGGCAUGGGCGCCGGGGCGUGAGCAAGGAAAGGAGUCCAACGCAAUAACCACGUCCCCCCCGGGCCCCAGCCCGCCCCGGGCCCACGCUGCUUCCCGCGGGAGCCGGGCCGCGUGGCGGGUCUGCCCCUAUUACCUCAGCCACGGCAACAACGUGACGCAUUAACAAGGUAGCACUGAGCAUAUCAAUAAAUACUAUUCUGAUAC